GAAGUCACCCACCCGGCCUCCCCUUUCCAGUCACCUGCCUCAACGGCGGCGUCGCCAACCGCACCGAGUGCCUCUGCCCGCCCGGCUUCUCCGGCCUCACCUGCGAGAGGCCGGACGCAGCCGCGCGCUGCGCCGCCGGCAGCACGGCCGUGGGCGACCGCUGCGUCUGCCCCCCGGGGCUGUCGGGACGCCGCUGCACCGUCCGCGACGAGGCCACCGCCUGCCAGCACGGGGGCACAGCCGUGGGCACCGAGUGCUAUUGCCCCCCGGGCUUCGAAGGGCCCCGGUGCGAGAGGCAAGGAGCCACCACCACCACCAUGACCUCAACCACCACCACGAGCACCGCAACGCCCGCUCGCCCUACGACCAAGAGCACGCCGAGGAGCACCAGGAGAACCACCACCACCACCGUCCCUACCACCACAGAUCCCUGCCUGAACGGGGGGUACUGGACAGGGACCAUUUGCCUGUGUCCCCCCAAUGUGGACGGAGCCCACUGCCAGUUUGGGGCCUCGACCAUCAACAUCACGGCAGAGCUGGGUUCCAGCGUGGCACUGAUGGCGCGCGUCACCAACCGCCGCUUCUCCGGGGACAUGGGGGACCCCUCGUCCGCCGCCUUCCGCAGCUUCGCGGAUGAGUUCAGCCGCACGAUGGAUCGGGUCUACCAGAACAUCUCCGGCUACCGCGGCACCCGGGUGCUGGCUCUGACGGAAGGCAGCGUGGUGGUGAACUACAAAGUCCUGCUGCAGCCUCCAGCCGGGGGCCAAGCCAACGCCAGCCUCGGCCGGAGGACUCGGGAGCUGCUGGAGGCUUCGAACUCCGCCAUCCAGCCCCAAAACUGCAGCGAAGGAGCGGAAGGGCUCUGCUUCGGCGCGCUCGCCUCCCGGAGGGCCUUCGCUGCUGCGCCGGAGCUCAACGCCACCGAGCUCUGCCGGAAGUACACGCCGGCCAACUUCAGCCAUUACUACUACCCCUACUGGACAAAGAACGGCCUCCUCUGCGUCACCAACUGCACCCUCAACGUCCCCGGCACCAUCAACUGCGGCCCCGGGCUGUGCCGGGUGACGCUGGACGGGCCCCGCUGCUUCUGCCCUGAUGUGCCCUGGUACCUCUCCUCCGGCGACCGCUGCCAGACCCACGUCAGCAAACUGGGGCUGGGGCUGGGCGUCGGGCUGGGGCUGGGGCUGACCCUCCUCAUCCUGCUCGUCCUCUGCAUCGUCCUCUCCGUCUGCUUGGCCCACGGGAAGAGAAAAACACCCAGCACCAGCGAGGACAAUAGCUGGCCAGACGGCAAGCGCAAAGCUCGUGCCACCGGCAUCUACCACGUCAACGGCAGAGGCUCGAUGCCACGUCAAGGUCCCUACGCGCACGGCUCCUACAAGAACAACGCCGAGGUUGCGGACCCUCCUGUGCCGGGGGAAGCAGAAGGUGUGGAGUCCCUGUGAGCUGCGAGGUGGCCCCCAAAACCAGCUUGAGGAGGGGCCAAGACCACCUCGAUGCCCUUCAUCACCCACCGCAUGGGACCCUCGGCUUGGGUGGCAGCGACCGCCGACCUCGCUGUGUGGGAAAACGUCCUGCUCUCAGCAUUUCUCAUUUUUGGGGCAAAAACAGGCUGGAUCUGGUUCUUCUGUGAGAGAAGAGGGGUCUCCCAUGGCCUUGGGGACCCCUCGCUGGAGAGGACACAAUAGCACCCAGGUCCCAUCCUUCCUUGCAAAGCUUCACCUGGUCUGGAGCAGGAUGAGCCUCGUCCCCACGGAAAUAUAUUUAAUUAUAUUUAUUAACGUAUUUUUGUUGUCUUCUGAAAAAUAAUGUGGGCAGCUGGGGUUGGGAGAGCACAGCCAACGGCGUGCUUUGGUUG